AUGCCAGUGUUUAACUGGGUGGCCCUAAAACCAAGUCAGAUCAACGGAACUGUCUUCAACGACAUAGACGAUGAAAGGAUCCUCCAGGAGCUGAAUGUGGAGGAGUUUGAGGAGAUGUUUAAGACCAAGGCCCAGGGGCCAGCGGUGGAUGUGACUCUGAGCAGGCAUAAGGCCCCUCAGAAGGGUCCCAACAGGGUGUCUCUGCUGGAGGCUAACAGAGCCAAGAACCUGGCCAUCACCCUCCGCAAGGCUGGCCAGGGGCCCGAACUCAUCUGUCGGGCCAUCCAGACGUUUGACAUGCGUACUGUGCGUGUGGACUUUGUGGAGUGUCUGAUGCGUUUCCUCCCCACUGAGGGCGAGGUGAAGAUGCUACGGCAGUACGAGAGGGACAGAAAGCCUGUGGACACACUGAGCGAUGAGGACCUCUUCAUGUUGCAGUUCAGCCGCAUAGAGAGACUGGCCCAACGCAUGUCCAUCAUCACCUUCAUGGGCAACUUCCAGGACAACAUACAGAUGCUCACACCG